UCUGUGUUCUGUCAAGCAAAGAAAAAUGUCAAGUUGCUUUGUGGUGUCGUAUUUGUGUGCAUAAAUGUAAUUUUAAAAUAAAAAUAACACUAUUGAUAAUAUAAUGUGUGACAAUGGCUUCGGUGAAAGUGGCUGUAAGGGUUCGCCCAUUCAAUCAAAGAGAAAAGGACAUGGGCGCGAAAUUGAUUGUCCAGAUGGAGGGCAAGAAAACAAGAUUGCUCACUGUGAAAAAUAGCAAAGAACAAAACGAUGGCACCCGGGAGAAGUACAAGGACUUCACAUUUGACCACUCUUACUGGUCGUUCGCGCACGAGGACAGCCAGUACGCGUCGCAGGAACAGGUGUUCGCCGACCUGGGCCUGGACGUGAUAGACAGCGCCUUUGAGGGUUACAAUGCGUGCGUGUUCGCGUACGGACAGACGGGCAGCGGGAAGACGUUCACUAUGAUGGGAUCUAAUGAAUUCCAAGGCCUAAUACCUCGUAUCUGCCGGCACCUGUUCUCCCGGGUAGCGGCCGGUAAGGAGUCGGGCGCCUCCUACCGCACGGAGGUCAGCUAUCUCGAGAUCUACAACGAGCGGGUCAAGGACCUGCUAGCCACAGACGCUGGACACUCGCUCAGGGUCCGAGAGCAUCCCAAACUGGGACCCUAUGUGCAAGACCUGUCCAAGCAUUUAGUGUCGGAUUAUGAUGAUAUUCAGGAGUGCAUGCACCGCGGCAACCUGCACCGCACGACUGCGUCGACGCAGAUGAACGAUGUGUCGUCUCGCUCGCACGCCAUCUUCACCAUCACGUUCGUGCAGGCCAGUUACCUGCGCCACAACAACAUGCCCAGCGAGACAGUAUCUAAAGUCCAUCUGGUGGACCUGGCUGGAAGCGAGCGCGCGGACGCGACGGGCGCGACGGGGCAGCGGCUGGUGGAGGGCGCGCACAUCAACAAGUCUCUCGUCACGCUUGGGUCUGUCAUCUCCGCGCUGGCGGACUCCAGCCAGCCCUUAGAAGUGCGCGCGCAAAAGGGUGCGAAGAAAGUGUUUAUUCCGUACCGUGACUCUGUACUCACGUGGCUUCUGAAGGACUCACUCGGAGGAAACUCGAAGACUAUCAUGAUAGCAGCAAUAUCGCCGGCGGAUUGCAACUACGGCGAGACGCUGUCGACGCUGCGGUACGCGAACCGCGCCAAGAACAUCAUCAACAAGCCGACCAUCAACGAGGACCCCAACGUCAAGCUCAUCCGCGAGCUGCGCGAGGAGAUCGAGAAGCUGCGCGCGCAGAUAGCACACGAUACGGAUCCUAUCGACACGGAACCAGGUGUACUAGCAACACUUCAACGCAAGGAAGCUCAAGAGAAGGUCCUGACAGAGAAGUGGACGGAGAAGUGGCGCGAGACGCAGCAGAUCCUGCAGGAGCAGAAGGCGCUCGGGCUGCGCAAGUCGGGGCUGGGCGUCGUGCUGGACUCCGACAUGCCGCACCUGGUGGGCAUCGACGACGACCUGCUGUCCACCGGGGUCACGCUCUACCAUCUCAAGGAGGGCGAGACGGUGAUCGGCAGCGCGGAGUACCGGCCGCUGCCGGACAUCGUGCUGAGCGGCGCGGCGGUGCUGCCGCUGCACUGCCGCGUGUCGCUGGCGGGCGGCACGGCCACGCUGCUGCCCGCGCCCGGCGCGCAGUGCUGGCUCAACACCGUGCUGCUGGACGGGCCCGCCAAGCUCAGCCAGGGUUGCAUUCUCUUGCUGGGUCGCACGAACAUGUUCCGCUACAACGACCCCGCGGAGGCCGCCAAGCUGCGGCAGGAGGGCAGCGCGUCCGUCAUGAACCUGUCGCGCCUGUCGCUGCUGUCCUGGUCCACCACCGACCUGGCCGCCAGCACCGAGAACCUCAACACCACGCUGUCAGACCUGGAGAGCGAGAUCCGUUGCGAGCGUAUCGAGGCGCAGCGUGCGGAGCUGGAGCGCGAGCGGCAACAGUUCCUGCUGCAGCAGGAGGAGCGGCAGCGGCGCUGGCACGCCGAGCGCGAGGAGCUGCUGCAGGCGCAGCGGAAACUCGACGAGGAGCGGCAGGCCAUGGAACGCGAGUACGCGGCGGCAUGCCGGCGGCUGUCGGGCGACUGGCGCGCGCUGGAGCGGGGCUGGACGCAGCGCCGCCGCGCGCUCCGCUGCCGCCAGCGCGAGCUCGCGCAGCGCACGCUCCGCCUCAGCGCGCUCAGCGACACGCACCGCAACACGGCAGAGAGCGAGGAGGGCCGCGUGGCGGAGCUGCGCGCGCGCGUGGCCGACAAGAGGGCCGCGCUCGACGAGUACGUCAGCAGCACUGCCCGGGAGCUGCGGGACAAGUACCAGAGCUCGACCCCCAGCCCGGACAGCCCCGCGUCGGAGACCAGCACAGAGAGUCUGAUGCACCUGCUGCAGCAGUGCGAGCCAAAGGUCGCCUCCAGCAUCAAGGAUACCGUCGAGAGACAUAAAAAAGAACUGGUAGAGUUAGAAGAGGAGCUACAAACUCGAGUGGCGUCCGUCGCAUCGCACCGCGUGAAGAUCGAGAGGCUGCAGGCGGAGCUGGCCCUGCUCAGCACCCAGGAGCUGGGCUUGAAGCAUGCGCUGGCCUCUGAUCUGGGACCUGGCGCUAACCGGGAGGGCGCGGCGGAGGCGGUGUCCCCGCAGGCGGUGCAGCGCAGCAAGUCGGAGCUGGUGCUGCGCCGCACGCCGCGCGAGGCGCUGCUGCACCCGCGCGCCGCCGACACCGACACCGACGCCGACCACUACCAGCACGGGAGGAUCAAUCUGAGCCUGAGCCUGGACCCGCUGGCCUCCCCGCACUCGACGGAGGAGUUCCACACGGCGUCGUCGUCGCCGAAGCGCGCGGAGUGGCCGCCAGUGGAGGCCGCGCCGGCCGAGCGCGAGCCCGUGUCGGCGGCCGCGCCCGCGCCCGUGUUCCGGCUGGGCGCGCGACACGUGCCCCGCGCGGACGACAGCGACGACAUGUCCAGCACCGAGGACUACCACAAGCCGCGAAUAGUGGAAGGUCAAUCGUCGAGUUCAGUUGAGAGAUCGCCAGAAGAACGACAGCAGAAGUCCAAGUACAAGAGGAGACUACCAGGCGAGCGCGCGGGCGGGCGGCGGCAGGUGACGGAGGUGGAGGCCCUGCGCGCCAUGCAGCGGCUGUGCUCGCGCAUCGCCUCGCAGAAGAUGCUCGUCAUCUCCUCGCUCGAGAACGACUGCUCCAAGGAGGAGCUCAACCGACAGAUCGCGGUACUACAAGAGCUACAAAAGAAGUACGUUCGCCUCGAGAUGGCGCUGCAGUACUCGUUCUUCGACAACCAGUCGCGAAGGCCGAUGAUGGUGACCCCCAUACAGGAGACGCCGUCGCUCACGCUGUCCGAGUCCGACAUGCACGUGGCCACCGAUAACGACGACCACGAGAACGGACUGGUCGACCCGCUGCUGCACAGGCUAAAAGAGCAAGAGCUGGAGGGUUCGGACAACGUGUCGACGUCGAACGACGAGCUGCCGUCCGAGCCGCACGAGCCGCACGAGCCGCCCUGGGAGGACCCGCUGCGGCGCCUGGCGCGGGCCGACCGCACUGACCGGCCCGACAGGCCCGACCGGCCCGACAGACUUGACCUCAUCGACCGCAUCGAGUGCAACACGCUCGAGUCUUCCCUGCCUGACCCCACAAUAUGCGCUGGACUGCUGCAUCCGAUAGACUUUAGCCAGGUGGUGAGCAUCCCGGGCUGGGUGACGCGCGGCGCGGGCGCGGGCACGCACCACGAGUACGAGGUCCGCAUCGCGCUGGGCGGCUGUCGCUGGCUGCUGCUGCGGCGCUACCGGCGCUUCCGCGAGCUGCAGCAGGCGCUGCGGCGCGGCUACGGCGCGGGCGUGGCGGGCGGCGCCUUCCCCGCGCGCACGCUGUGGCCGGGCGAGGCCACGGCCCGCGCGCGCCGGCCGCAGCUGGAGGCCUGGCUGCGCCGCGUGCUGGCCGCCGCCGCGCAGCACCCGCGCUGCCCCUUCCGCGAGCCGCGCCCGCUCACGCGCGACGCGCUCGUGGGCUUCUCGCCCUUCUUCCGCAAGGGCGUGUUCGAGAGCGGCAAGUGCGGCACGGGAUGAUGCCGCGCCGAGCCCGCCACGUGGCGCGCGCUGG